CGUUGACAUCAUGAACAUCUAGCUCAGCAUUCAACUCACCUACAUUAUUUACUUUAUAUCUGCAGUCGGCCACCACUAUGGCGGACGACGUGCCGGAGGAGUACAGUUCCAACUACGAACAAUUUCGCGAGAUCGUCUCCUCGUUCCUGAUCGAACGCAUCGCGGCGCCCUUAUCAAAACCCAAGGCCAAAACCAACAAACGGCGCCCCAAAAGACGCGCCCCUGAGCCCUCCACCACGGGGACGGAUAGCAUCGACUCGGAGCCUUCAGCAGACGAUCUCGCCGAAUUCACCUCGUACAUCGCAGCCGCGACAUUCCUAGCUCUCCCCGAGGACCUGCAAUCCCUCACGCACCACGCCUGGGCCGACCACCCCUCCCUCCAGGCCCUCUAUACGCCCUUACCCCUGAGCCCCGAGCGCGUCAGCACACUGCUCCAAACACUGGACCCGUCCAUCGCCGACUCCCUCGCAGCAUACGGCAUCACCUCCUCCUCGUCCUCCUCAUAUGCCUCACCAUCACCGCUGCGCGAUAACGACCUGAACCUGCGUCUCCCGACAACCACCGAGUUCUUCACGCCAAUCAUCUCCUCCUACAUCAGCACCGCGACCACCCCGCCGCCCCCGCCGGCCUCGACCCGUAAGCAGGCCACGGCCUGCGAGAUCUGCGGCCGCGAUUGGAUCCACCUGACGUACCACCACCUGAUCCCGCGGAUGGUGCACGACAAGGCCGUGAAGCGCGGGUGGCACCGGCCCGACGAGCUGCAGAAUGUGGCGUGGCUGUGCGGCGCGUGUCAUCGCUUCGUGCAUCGCUUCAGGGGCCACGAGGAGCUGGCGAGGGAUUAUUUCACCGUGGAGCGGCUGAUGGAGGCGGAGGAGGUUAGGCGCUUUGCGGAUUGGGUUGGCCGGGUGCGGUGGAAAGCGCGGUAAAGAGCAGUUGAGGAGGCGCAGAGGUGAUAGAAUCGGGCUGCGUCGUGCACAUUGCCUUUGAGUUCAUAUUUCAUCUGCUACCGGUAAGGUAGGUAAGCUAGGUAAACCGCGCCGAUACAACCCAUCUCAGUUCGAUUUACUGCCCAAAUAGCCAAAUCCAGACACCGGAAACGCCGUCUCAUCCAAAAAAGAGAAACCUUCAUACAGUUCAGUCACAGCCCUGGAAGCCAGGUGACGCUACAACCGUCACUUCCCUGACUCCAGCCCGGGUGAUAAAAGUGCCUCCCUGUCAUCCGCAUGCCGCCCUUGCGAGUGCUUACCACCACCACCACCACCACCCCCCAGAACCGCGCCGUCAUCGUCCUCCCCGUCCGCCUCCACCUCCGUAGCCUCAGCAAUCACC